CUUAAUUUUUAUCUAUUAACAUAAAGAACUAAAUUCUGUGAUCUGUGGCAUCAUAAUAUAUAAGACGAAAAUUAAGAUGUUAUUCGCGGAAUUAAUUGGGAUUUUCAGCGUUGCUUUGAUUAUUGCGUAUACUUAUUAUAAGUAUGUGUUAUUCAAUUACUGGCGCAAAAGAAAUAUCUUUUAUAUUGAACCUGUUGUGCCAAUUGGUAAUAUUGGAGCCGUAGUGACUAAAAAAAGAACAAUGGGCGAAUUUUUCUGUGAUGUCUACAUGAAAUAUAAGGAACAUCGUGCCUUUGGAAUAUACGUAUUUUUCAAGCCAAAUCUGAUAAUUACUGAUCCUGAUCUUAUUCGAAUGGUACUGACAAAGGAAUUCAAGAAUUUUCAUGAUCGCGGAGUGUUUUGCAACGAGAAGAUUGAUCCACUGACCGGUAAUUUGUUUUCACUGCCUGGGAAGAAGUGGCGGAAUUUGCGCAUCAAGUUGACACCCACUUUUACUUCAGGAAAAAUAAAGCAAAUGUUUACGAUUAUGAAAAUGUGCGGCGAUGAAUUUGUGAAAAAUUUAGAAAAUGUGGCUCAAACAGGAGAUUCAAUCGAGAUAAAAGAUUGGUUUGGAAGAUAUACAACGGAUAUAAUUAUGUCAACAGUUUUUGGAGUCAAAUCCGAUUGCAUAGAGAAAGAGGAUAGUGAGUUUCGAUAUUGGGGAAAAAAGAUCUUCGAAACGCACACCUUUUGGAUCACUUUAGCUUUUCUCAUGCCUCAAAUUUUGAAUUUCUUUUCCAUUCGUUUUUUUGACCGAAAUAUAGAAGAGUUUUUUAUGAAAAUUUUUCGAGAGAAUGUGGAAUAUAGACAACGUCAUAAUAUCAUCAAGCAUGAUUUUAUGAAUCUGCUCAUACAACUUAUGGAGAAGGGUUAUAUUGAAUCCGAUGAUAUGAGAGAUAUCGAUAAAUCUUCUACCAUCAACAGGCUUACUUUGUCAGAAGCGGUUGCGCAAGCUUUCGUCUUUUUCGCUGCUGGCUUUGAAACUACUUCGACAACAAUAACAUUUUGUUUAUACGAAUUAGCUCAACACCAACACUUGCAGGACGAACUUCGCAAUGAAAUCGAUAAAAUAUUAAAAAAUCAUGACGAAUUGACUUAUAAUGCUGUGAACGAAAUGACAUAUCUUCACAAAGUAAUAAACGAAACAAUGAGGAAAUAUCCGCCUGUAACUACUUUGCAUCGCAUCUGUACCGAAGAAAUAGAUCUUCCAACAACAAAUAUUCAUGUUCCAAAAGACACAUCAAUCACUAUACCGAUAUUCGGAUUACAUCGAGAUCCAUCGAUAUAUCCAGAUCCUGAUAGAUUUGAUCCUGAACGAUUUAACGAGGAUAAAAUAGCAGCUAGACAUCCUUUCACUUAUUUACCAUUUGGAGAAGGACCACGAAUUUGUAUCGGUUCAAAAUUUGGCUAUAUGCAAACCAAGAUUGGACUUGUUAGUCUCCUGUCGAAAUUCAAAUUCAUACUUGAUCCCCGAACUAUGAUCCCAUUAACUUAUGAUCCGAAUAACAUGAUACUUACGCCCAAAGAAGGUGUAUACCUUACUAUAAAGCCGCUAUAAAAAAUAAUAUAUAAGCACUCUUGAAUAUAUUUAAAUUUACUUCCAAAAAUGUUAUAUAUAUCUCAUACAACAUAAAAGCUUGCAAUAACAUUGCUGCAAUGUUACAGCAUUACUCAUUGCAUUAAAAUGUAAUAAAAAUAUUGCAAAGAGAUUAUUUAACAUUAUUAUUUCAGUACUGAAAUAAUGUGCAAAAACAUUUUUAAAUAAUAAAAAUGUAUAAUAGUGUAUGACAUAUAUGUUUCUUCGCUUGCAACUACGCAACGACAAACUUAACUAACUCGUAUUUAAAUUUUCAUCAGAAAAUGGGUAAAAAUAAAACCUCCAAAGGACAGACUAAUAUAA